AUGUCACAAGCUCUGCUUAGCAAGUCGCUCCAAUUGCGAGUUUUUUGGUGGAUGGUUUUGGUUCUUUGUACUUGUUGUGGAACAGCUACUACAGUACUUGUUAUUAUUGAAUAUAUUCGUGGACCCACAGCAUCAAGUACUACUAUACGAUUGGUCCCAAGCCUAGAAUUGCCAGCAAUUACAAUAUGCCCAAAGGUCCCAGAUGCCUUCAACUUUGAUGCUCUUUAUCGAGAUAUGAACGAAAAAAUAGGUGGAAUAAAUACAGACGUUGCAAGAGAUCUUGUGAGGUAACGACGUUUAUUUGGCCAUAACUUGGAGUUUACUUGACAUAAAAUUAUGAAAUUUUGUAAUUUGGUAGAAAAUAGAUUAAAUUAAUUAAUCACAAAAUUUGAAACAAAAAUGUUGAUUUUAGACAAUUUUAUGAAUUUUUAAAGUUUGGACAAUUUUUAGCUAUUGGAUCGGUGGAAGUGGACUGGAAAAUAUGGUAAAUUGACCUGAAAAUAAAUUUUAAAGAAGAAUUCCUGAGUAUUUGA